ACCUCCAGGAGGCUUCAAGAGGGGCAAAUCGAUCUGCACCCCACGUUUUACCUUGUACAGUAAAUUUCGGAUCCCACUUUCUACCUCAGCCGUUGGAUUCAGUGAAAAUUUUCUCACUCGUUCAGCUUCCGAAAGAGUCCAUGACGCAUGGGACCGGCUGAGUGCGGGAUCCGGCGGUCACAGGCAGUCACAGCAGCUCACCUAGGCCGCCUUCCUUUUCUACACGCGUGUGACAGUGAAAACCUAGAUCGCGGGGGCGCCCAAUCCCCGCGUCUCCUCUCUUUCCCCCAAUCCCGUCUCUCCUCUUCCCUCCAAUCUCCGCUUCUCCUCUUCGUGCGUCGCUGCUGUGGCGAACGCGAGCAGGUGCUGGAGGACGACAUCUCAGAGGAGGGUGGCGGCGAGCCGGCAGACCGGCGGGGAUGACCAUGGGGGCGCGGCGCCGGAUGGGGACGGCAGCGGUGGUGGCCUGGAGGAGGAGGGUGGCCUCAACGCGGAGAGUGGUGGCGGCGCGGCGCCUCGAGCUCGAGAAGGUCGUCCACGGCCGGCAGGGGUUCGAGAUCUGGCGGAUCGAGCAAUGCACGAACGAAGGCCGCACGGCCCCAGCAAUGUCCACGGCGCGGCCAGCUCCGGCAAGGGCAGGCCGACGUGAGAUCGGGCAGGGGGCUGGCCUGGGUGGGCGCGGCGAGCUCCUGCUCCGGCAAGGGGCAGGCGCGGCGAGGUCUGGCUCCGGCAAGGGGCAGGCGCAGGAGAACUCCACCUCCAACGGGGCGGCCGGAGGAGGCGCUGCAGGAGCGCGCAUGGAGGAGGGAGCGGAUCCAAACCUUCCCCCACCACCACGGCCACUGCUCCCUCGACAAGAAGCGCCACAUCCCAACAUGUACCGGGGAUCUGCUUGAAGAAUGGCAAUGACGAGGUGGAACUCCUGCAUCCUCCGACCCUGGAUUUUAUUGCUGGUACUGUGCUGCUAGAUGUGUGAGCUGCUGGUUAGACAUGUUUUUAGUGUCAUUGUGCGUUGCUGGUUUAUUAGUAUUUGUGGCAAGCACGAAUCAACUGAAAUUAUUUUGUUCUGCAGAUCUGUAUAUUUGUGAUUUAUUAGUAUUAGUAUUUAACGAUAAAAGUUUCAAAAGGAUUGAACAACAAUCGAAGUUGUCCUAUGUUUACCGAA